AAAGAAAAAAAUCAAAAAUGAUUGUCAAAACGGAUCAAAUUAUUGAUUUUGGAUCAACAAAUCAACAAAAACAACAACAAUUUGAUUUAGAACAUAAUGAACAACCACCACAACAACAACGACAAUAUCCUUAUCCGGUAAAAUUUGUUACAAUCAAUACUUGUUCAACAUUAUAUAGACAAUGGUCAAAAUUAAAGAAAAAAUCCAUUUAUAAACGUGCAAUUGAUGGUCUUAAUUUGGAAAUUGAAUAUGCCGAUACAAUUGAUCUUUGUCGUAAUAAAGAUAAUGAUAAUUUAAUUACAAUAUUAGCAUUACAUGGUGCACCUGGUUCACAUGAAGAUUUUGAACAAUAUAUUCAAUAUUUUGGAUCAAAACAAAUUCGUUUUAUUGCACCAAAUUAUCCUGACAUCAACAUUACAAUACAGACAAAAGUAUUUCGUCAUUCGGCUGAAGAAAAAUUUGAAUAUAUCAAGGAUUUUCUUCGUGCUAUUAAUGUUAAAAGUAUUGAUUUAAUACUAUCACAUAGUAGUUCAAUAUAUCCAACUGUACGAUUACUUUGUGAUCAAAAUGAUGUUCAUGUUAAUGCGGUUGCAUUUUUUAAUCCGGUUGGUCAUCGUCGUAUACAGGCUAUGCGACCAGCAUGGUUUACUGAAGGUUCAGUAAAAAUUUAUCAGAAUAAAUUUGGUCGUACUGUUUAUCAAAUUUUUGGUAAAGGUUUUAUAAAAGUAACCGGUUCAGUGACCGUACGACCAGAUAGUAUGAAUAAUGUAAUGUUAUCGGCACAAACAAUGCGUUAUUCAAAAUAUAAACAGCUGGAAAAAUAUCUAAGAAAAUUGAAGGAAAAUCAAAUACCAACCUUAUGGGUAUGUGGUGAUAAUGAUCGUUUGGUUGAAAAGGAAAUUUUCUACGAAAUGAUCGAUAUAAUGGAAGGUAAAGAAUGUAAUUGGCAAAAAUAUGAUUGUAAUGGUAAAAUGCUCACACAAUAUCAACCAGACAGUAAUAUAAGAAUAUUAUUCUUUGAACAAAGUGGUCAUUAUACAUUUCAAAAACAUUCGAAUGAAGUCAUCAAAGAAUGUGAUAAAUUUCUUAACCAAAUUCUACAUCAACGAAACAAUCAUCAUUAUCAUAAUCAUCAUCAUCAUCAUAAAAUUCAUAAAAACACUGAUAAUAUUGAUCAUCAUUAAGAUGAAAAAAAAUCU